UAACAAACACAAACACAAACUAGCCUGCAAUUCGAUGUUCAGUACUUCACAGUGCACACUGCACCACACCACAUUUUUCUCUCUAACUUCUCGUGCAUCAAUAUCAACCACAAGUGCCUUUCGCAUCAUGCGAAUUUUCUCAAGUUCUCGUAGAAAUGAAUUAUUUAUUUGGCUCCAGGAUUCUUUAUAGAAUGAAUCUGUGGCAUCAAAAUAUUGAUGUCAACUUGCAGUUGAAACUUUAGAACUUCUGCAACCUGUUAUAAUAUUUAAAGAGAAUGGCUCUUGUAUCUUAUGUUGAUAUUUUGGAGGUUGUUGGUGAGCUGAAAGAUUUUAAAGCCAAACUUGUUGAAGGAGAAAAAAUAGCUCAGAAAAAUGGCAUUUCCAAGCUGGCUGUUAAUGAGAAUACCAAAGGGGUAUUCGACAUUUCAGCUUCAUGUCAAUCGUUAACGGAGGACACUGCCUUUGAUGUUUCAAUCUCUGUUGUAUGUGAGCCCCGUAUUCUGGAUUGCAAAUGCUCUUGUCUGGAAGGAAAAUCAGGAAAAUGUCAACAUGUUGUAGCAACGCUAAUGCACAUUCAUCGGAGCAAUAUUUCUGCCGAGACUCUCAGUUAUACAGAUCCUGGAAGUAUUGAAUGUGUCAGUAGCAGUAAACCAACCAACCAGCAAAAUGCUGAGGAAACUACCAUUGAGAUGGACACAGAUCCACCGAGAGACGCCAUUCAGACAAAGGAACAGACCACUGAAGAACUUGAUAAAGAGGGACCCGGAAAGCACAUUUCAAACUCUGAUAGCAAUGGUAACAGAGAACUAAGACUGGGACGAGGUCAAAGGAAAGUGGCACCGAAUCCUAAAUAUGUAUCUGAGACUAAAAGAUUUUUAUGCCAAGUGUGUUCAAAAGCAUUUGGAAAGAAAGCACAUUAUGAAGAGCACUUGCGUAGUCACACUGGUGAGAAACCAUUUGUGUGUGAUGUUUGUGGUCAGCGUUAUUCUCAGAAACGAUCACUUGCAAAACACAUGAAUAUCCAUAAGGAGGACAAGGAAGAGAGCCAAACUAAUCCUCCGUUAGGCACUCCUGGAGUUUUGAAACCACUUCCUCUUGUAGAGGAUGGGCUUGUGGAAAGCCAAGCUCCAAAGAAUCCUAGUGAAGAUGUGCGAAAAAGUGACGGUGAAUUCACUUGUGAAAUCUGUGGCAAGCAAUUCAAAAGACUUACUCAUCUUACUCAGCACAAACGGACUCACAUUGAUGAUAAACCUUUCAAAUGUGGUGAAUGUGGUAAAACUUUCAGCCGUGAACGUACAUUUAAAGCACAUAAACAUAAACCUGACGGGAGUCCUGCCUCACCACCAGCGCCUAAGACACGUACCGUAACCACGUGUGAAGUAUGUGGAAAAGAAUUCACUAACCGUGUGCACCAUGAAGAGCAUAUGAGAAGCCACACGGGUGAACGUCCAUUCCAGUGUGUCGUGUGUGGGAAAGGCUUUGCUUCCAAACGUUCACUGCGCAAUCACAGUCAUGUGCGAAAAAGUGAAAGGGACCGUCCUCAUAUGUGCUCUCUGUGUCCUGCAUCAUUCACUACAGCAUUCAUGAGGAAAAUUCAUGAACGAGGGCAUGCAGAUGAAAGACCGUAUGUCUGUUCUGAGUGUGGUAAAGCCUACCGUUCACAGCAUGUGUACCAGGAUCACCUUAAUCAACAUAAAGGCAUCAAGGCUCACACAUGCAAAGAGUGUGAAAAGUCUUUCACUUGGCGCACAUCCUUAUGGGUCCACAUGAAAGAACAUGCUAAAGAAAAGCCGUUUGAAUGCAUUCAGUGCGGAGAAAAGUUUUCUGUACAAUCAGAAUUGAAAGAUCACUGGGUGGUGCAUUUGAAUGACAAGCCCUACCAGUGCUCUGAGUGUGGUUUGGGUUUCAUGCUUGAAGCUGAUCGUGACAAACAUGUUGAAAUUCACAAGCAGUCCCCUUCCUACUCCUGCACAAAAUGUGAUGAGAAGUUUCUCUGGGCUCAUGAUCUCAACAGACACCAGCAAACACAUGCUGAAAAGAAGAGGAGCUUAUGCCCAACAUGUGGUCAAACCUUUUCCAGUAAAGGCCACUUGAAAGUGCACAUGCUAAUACACACUGGAGAAAAACCUUUCGAGUGUGCCACAUGUCACAAAAGAUUCUACACUCGUAGCCUCAUGAGAAAGCAUGAAGUAUUUCAUUCAGAUGAUCGCCCAUUUGAAUGUGUUUUGUGUGGGGACAAAUUUCCUACCCAAGGUAUCUUAAAAGCUCAUGUUAGAACACACACUGGUGAAAAACCUUUUACAUGUGAAAAGUGUGGUAAAUCCUUUCCUCAGAGUUCUUACCUCAAGCGUCACAUGCUUACACAUACAGGAGAGAGACCUCACCCAUGUCCAGAAUGUGACAAUUCAUUCACCUCUCGUUAUGACCUUAAAAUUCAUCUGCGAACUCAUACAGGGGAAAAACCUUAUUCUUGUGAUGAAUGUGAUGAGAAAUUUUACGAACGUGCGCAUUUAACAGCUCACUUGCGAACUCAUACAGGUGAGAAGCCUUAUAUUUGUGAUUUGUGUGGCAAAGGAUUUAAUAGCAGUAACCAUAUUAAAAAACAUUUUGUCCGUAAUCAUCCAAAUGUAGCCCCAUUCAAGUGUACUGACUGCCGAAAAAGAUUUAAGAUGUGUGAGGCAUUACGUAAACAUAGAAAAAGUGCUCAUCUUUCAGGAACAGAAGAGGUAAUUGAUUUGAGUGAAACCAGUAAUGAGGAGCAUAGCCGACAUAGUCAAAGUUCAGACAGUAGGGAUCCACUCAAACGCCUCAUUCGUGAAAGUGAAAUUCUAGAUGAUUCAUCAUUGGAUCCUGAUGAUCCACCAAUCCUCUCUCCAGAGUAUGAGAUAGUGCAUGUAAACCUGGUAGAUUCCUCACAUAUCUUAAAACUCCCUGCUGGGUUUCGAUGUGAAACCGUACAGGUUUAUCAAUCUGACCCUAUGUGUAGUUUUGAAGACAAUGGCGAAUUUGAAGCAGUCACCUUGACUCCUCUACCAGAAGAAAUAGAAGUAUCUGACCCAUCUUCCCCUAUAGUGGUAGAUGUUUAAAAAGGAUUUAGGCCAAUAGCCAAAACUUGAUAAAUAUGACUUUCAUGCAAAACGUUGUGGAUGUAUUGAUGUGAGAGAAUGUUUUGACAUUUAGUGAAUAAACAACUUAAAAAUAACUUUGA